UUUUUGAAACGCCGGGGUUGCUGGAGUGGUUGAAUUUUUCCUGGCUUUGCGUGAGAAAUUCAGAAGACUGAAGCCCAGGCUCACUGUCUACCUUUCACGGAGGCCCAGCCGUGAGAGGACAGAAGAAGGCACGUGGCGAAUCAUGACGGCGGACAAGGAGAAGGACAAAGAGAAGGAGAAGGACAGGGACAGGGACCGGGAGCGGGACAAGGAGCGCGACAAGCGGGACAAGGCGCGCGAGAGCGAGAGCUCGCGGCCCCGGCGCAGCUGCACCCUCGAGGGCGGCGCCAAGAACUACGCCGAGAGCGAGCACAGCGAGGACGAGGACAACGACAACAACAGUGCCACCACCGAGGAGUCGGCCAAGAAGAGCAAGAAGAAACCCCCCAAGAAGAAGUCGCGCUACGAGAGAACCGACAACGGCGAGAUCACGUCCUUCAUCACCGAGGAUGACGUGGUCUACAGGCCCGGAGAUUGCGUUUAUAUCGAAAGCCGCCGGCCGAACACGCCCUAUUUCAUCUGCAGCAUUCAAGACUUCAAACUGAGCAAGAGGGACCAUCUGCUGAUGAACGUCAAGUGGUACUACCGCCAGUCCGAGGUGCCCGACUCGGUGUACCAGCACCUGGUGCAGGACAGGCACAACGAGAACGACUCGGGACGGGAGCUGGUCAUCACCGACCCCGUGAUCAAGAACCGCGAGCUCUUCAUCUCCGACUACGUGGACACGUACCAUGCUGCUGCCCUCAGAGGGAAGUGCAACAUCUCCCAUUUCUCUGACAUAUUUGCUGCUAGAGAGUUCAAGGCACGAGUGGAUUCAUUUUUCUACAUCCUGGGCUACAAUCCAGAGACAAGGAGGCUGAACAGUACCCAAGGUGAAAUCAGAGUGGGACCCAGCCACCAGGCCAAGCUCCCCGAGCUGCAGCCGUUCCCAUCCCCGGACGGGGACACGGUGACCCAGCACGAGGAGCUGGUGUGGAUGCCCGGAGUCAACGACUGUGACCUGCUGAUGUACCUGAGGGCAGCCAGGAGCAUGGCAGCCUUUGCAGGGAUGUGUGACGGGGGCUCCACAGAGGACGGAUGCGUGGCUGCCUCGCGGGACGACACCACCCUGAACGCCCUGAACACGCUCCAUGAAAGCAACUACGAUGCUGGGAAAGCCCUGCAGCGCCUGGUGAAGAAACCUGUGCCAAAGCUGAUUGAGAAGUGUUGGACUGAGGAUGAAGUGAAACGGUUUAUUAAGGGGUUGAGGCAGUACGGCAAGAACUUCUUCAGAAUCCGAAAGGAGUUGCUUCCCAAUAAGGAGACCGGGGAGCUGAUCACCUUCUAUUACUACUGGAAGAAGACCCCCGAGGCGGCGAGCUCGCGCGCGCACCGGCGGCACCGGCGCCAGGCCGUGUUCCGCAGGAUCAAAACCCGCACGGCCUCCACGCCCGUCAACACCCCCUCCAGGCCCCCCUCCAGCGAGUUCUUGGACCUGAGCUCGGCCAGUGAGGAUGACUUUGACAGCGAGGACAGCGAGCAGGAGCUGAAGGGCUACGCCUGCCGCCACUGCUUCACCACCACCUCCAAGGACUGGCACCACGGGGGCCGGGAGAACAUCCUGCUGUGCACCGACUGCCGCAUCCACUUCAAGAAGUACGGGGAGCUGCCGCCCAUCGAGAAGCCCGUGGACCCCCCGCCCUUUAUGUUCAAGCCUGUGAAGGAGGAAGACGAUGGCCUCAGUGGGAAGCAUAGCAUGAGGACACGGCGCAGUCGAGGCUCGAUGUCGACUCUACGCAGUGGCAGGAAGAAGCAGGCGGCCAGCCCCGAUGGCCGCGCCUCGCCCAUCGCCGAGGACGUGCGCUCCAGCGGCCGCAACUCGCCCAGCGCCGCCAGCACCUCCAGCAACGACAGCAAGGCCGAGUCCGUCAAGAAAUCCACCAAGAAGAUAAAGGAAGAGGUUUCUUCUCCUCUCAAGAACUCCAAGAGGCAGCGGGAGAAGGCAGCGUCUGACACGGAGGAACCUGACAGGUCCAAUGCCAAAAAAUCCAAAACUCAAGAGAUGAGCAGGCCCAACUCCCCCUCGGAGGGAGAGGGCGAGGGCGAGAGCUCCGACAGCCGCAGCCCACCCAUCCAGAUCAAGGAGGAGGUGCCCGAUGAGGCUGAGGAGCCCGAGAGCCCUCCGCCCCCACCCCGGAGCCCAUCCCCAGAGCCCACGGUGGUGGACAUCCCCAGCCACGCCAGCCAGUCAGCCAGGUUCUAUAAACACCUGGACCGUGGCUACAAUUCAUGCUCCAGGGCAGACCUGUACUUCAUGCCUCUGGCAGGCUCCAAACUGGCCAAGAAGAGAGAAGAGGCCAUCGAAAAGGCCAAAAGGGAAGCGGAGCAGAAAGCCAGGGAAGAGAGGGAAAGAGAAAAAGAGAAAGAGAAGGAAAGAGAGCGGGAGCGGGAGCGUGAGAGAGAAGCGGAAAGAGCUGCGCAGAAGGUGUCCAGCUCCUCCCACGAGGGCCGCCUGGGCGAGUCCCAGCUCAGCUCAGCAGGACCUGUCCAUCCCCUGGUGGAUCCUUUAGCAGCUGGACCCCACCUGGCACGUUUUCCCUACCCACCUGGGACCAUCCCCAACCCAUUGCUAGGGCAGCCACCUCACGAGCAUGAAAUGCUCCGGCAUCCAGUCUUUGGUACCCCCUACCCUCGGGACCUGCCUGGGGCCAUCCCCCCUCCCAUGUCAGCAGCCCACCAGCUGCAGGCCAUGCACGCGCAGUCGGCGGAGCUGCAGAGACUGGCCAUGGAGCAGCAGUGGCUGCACGGCCACCCCCACAUGCACGGCGGGCACCUACCCAGUCAGGAAGAUUACUACAGUCGACUGAAAAAAGAAGGCGACAAACAGUUGUAAUAAAUUAUUUAUUUGUAACGCUGGCUAUGGAAACCCCAGUCCUUGGGAAGGAGUGGAACAUUUUUACAUACAAGAAGAGCUACAAAAGGAAAAGAAUAUCUUAUAAAGAUUUCUUUAUAUAUUUAAAACAGAAGCAACCACCCGACAAGUAGAGACUUAUCAGCAUAGUGUUCAUUUGUAGAGAAGAUUUCUCAAGACUGGUGUGGGUCUCCCUGCAUGAAAACGUAUUCAGAAGCCUCUUGGAAAUACAGGACUGUGUGGAACAUUCAGAGAACUUCCUGCAAUCUUGGUUUUUUUUUUUUUCUUUCUUUUCUUACUAGUUUGUUUUCAGUAGGUGCUAGAAUCAGGUUCACAACACGAGUCACUGUGCGUGAAGGGACACUCAAUGCAUCUAUAGGUAACUAAAAAAAAAAAACAAGGAUUGCAAGUAGGUGACAUAACAAGCUCUGAAUCCAAGUGCUAUAAUAAUAAAAAAAAUCUACUUUUAUUUUAAUACAUUGUAGGAAAUCUUCAUAAUUUUAAAAGAGAGCUCAGUUCUGCAGCAUGGCUUUUUAAGUCUGUAAAUAACUUUUUUUGGGUAGAGGGGAGAAACAAAACAAAACAAACUCCAGAAACGUUUAUCUUGAUUUUCAGUAACAUCACAAAUUGUGAAUUCCUACCUGGUAUUGACAGAAUACAGAGUUGAUUUUUUAAUAAAAUAUAUAUAUAUAAUUAUCCCUUUAAUUAAAGGGAACAAUGGGUUAUCAAUAAUUUCAAAUGGGUAAAAGCUUGACAUUUGGUUUGAUAUCAACAAUAAGCAUUAAAGGGAUUUGCAGGGAUAAUGUUGCAAAUGACUGUUUCUGUUCUUGGUUUUUCGGUUGGUUUGGUUGUUUGGGGGUUUUUGUUGGUGUUCCAUCUCUCUGUUCUGCAGCUGAUUUUGUUGAGUUGGGUUUCUCAGCAGCUCAGAUGUCCCUUGGACCCCGCUGGCCCUUUGGGUGCCGCCUUCAACGGUUCAUUUUUGUGUGGCCAUAAACACUUCUUUCCUGGGAGAUUUGAACCCUAACCCAGCUCCAUUGGGUUUGACUUUGGGCAGAAGGUUCAGAGAAAUAAUCUCUUGUAAAAAUCUCUUUUUUAGCUGUUCAUGGCUCAGCAGUGCAGCCAGGGUUGUGUAUGCAGUGCAUACCUGGGGAGGAGCUGCUUUUCCUGCCCUCCUGCUGCACGGGCUCUUUAGGAAAGUGGAUUUGGCAACUUUCUCAUUCGGUUGUGUUGCAAAGAGCAGUCUGUUUUUCUCUUUGGCUGUUUGAGUUUGGGUUUCUGUAAGCAGAAAGUGCUCAAUGCAGCAGGGCAGUGUCCCUGAGGAGCUGUGGGAGCUGUGGCACAGGGCAGCUCCUCGUGCUGCUCCCCCAGGCUGGGCAGGGGAGAGGAGCACAGAGAGCAUUAAAGGGCACAGCUCUGCUCACCAAGCAGGUUUUUAACGUUUAUUUCCCCGGUUUUUGUUGGCUGGAGCAGAGGGUGAUGCGACCAAUGGACAUCUGAACCUGCUGCUCGUUUUUCCUGCUGGUGCACAACUCCCCCAUUCCCUCUCUCCACUCUGGAGUGCUCUCUGCUGCUGUGGCCUGUCCAGUGUGAUGGUUGUGUCCAGCACUGUCCCGAGCCCCUCUGGUAAAGUUGUAGUUACUCAGUGCAGGCACAGGGCUCAUCCUCCUCUGCUGCUCAGCCCACAGUGAAAAUGCUCCAGCCCACUGAGGCAGGGGGUUUUCUGCAGAAAUUCCCUUUUUGCUGUGCCCAGGCUCCAGUGCUGAGGGGUUUGGUCAGUGCUAUUGGGGGCACAGGCUGCUCUGGGGUGGGGAACAGCAGGUCAGUACGAAAUCAAGGGAGGUUCAUCCUCUCCAUGGCUGGGGCAGUGAUGGGGAAAGGGUUCCUGAGCAGCCAGGAGAGGAGGAUGGGCCUGCUCAGCCAGCAGAGACUGCCCGCUUUUGGUUCUAGUGCUUUGAGGGUCUCAUCAGACACAGUUCAGUUCAGUUUCUCCCCUCCUUUUGUUUUACUGUCUGGGAUUGGGGAGUUUGGGAGAGUUCAGCCACUUCAGCCAUUUCUUCCGACUCUUCUCCUGCUGUUUUUUAGCCAUAGUUCUUCAGAAAAAGGAAAAGCUCAUUCCCUCCAGUGUUCCUCUCUGUAUUCCUUAUUUCUCAGCUGAAGUUGCUGUCUGUUCUAAAGCUGUUCAUUGAUAUUUUUUUCUCCCAGAAGAGCAUUCUGAUAAUUUUAUGGGAGCUUUUUUGUUCACAUGAUUCACAAUUAAGCACUGAAAUUGCUCAGUUUUAGCCAGUGAUUAACUACAACUUUACCUGCAGUGGCUUCUGAAGCCAUCUCGGUGUUCCUGUUAAACAAAACAACCCAGACCUUUUGGUUUCCUUUCAAGAAAUCUCUCUUUAUUUUUCCUCUGUUCCAAAAGUUAAUUUUAAGAUUUUGCUUUGGUGUUUUUGAAGCGUCUCUCUUGUUCUAUGUCGUCAUGGUUGAGCUUGUUUCACUGCACCGUUGAGCAGAGUGUACAUUCUGACUGCUACAUUUAUAUAUAUCUUGAAGCUUAAUGUAUAUAUGAGUAGUUUGCCAUGGGAUAACACAGUGUAAACAGAGUAGAAACCCAGAAAUCGUGACUUCUGUGUUCUCUCCAUUUGAGUAUUUUGUAAUUUUUUUGAAAUAUUUGUGGACAUAAAUAAAACCAAGCUACACUACAGCA